AUGAAGUUCACCAACAUCGCUCUGGCUGCCAGCGCCGCUUCCGUGGCCUGUGCUCUUCCCCAUGCCGUCCACACCAAGCAGAGCGCCGCUGUCAACAAGCGCGCCAACGGAUUCACCUGGGUCGGUGUGAGCGAGUCCGGUGCUGAGUUCGGCGAGGGCAACAUCCCCGGUACCCUCGGCACCGACUACACCUGGCCCGAAACCUCCAAGAUCCAGGUCUUGAGAGAGGCAGGCAUGAACGUCUUCCGUAUUCCUUUCCUGAUGGAGCGCCUGGUGCCAUCCAGCAUGACCAGCACUCCGGAUGCUACUUACCUCGCCGCCCUGAAGAAGGUCGUCAACUUUGUCACCGAAAGCGGUGCCUACGCGGUCCUUGAUCCACACAACUACGGAAGAUACUCUGGAAGUGUCAUCUCCUCCACCGACAACUUCAAGGCCUUCUGGAAGACCGUUGCCACUGAGUUCGCUUCCAACGAGAAGGUUAUCUUCGACACCAACAACGAGUACCACGACAUGGACCAGAGCCUCGUUCUGAGCCUGAACCAGGCCGCGAUCAACGGUAUCCGUGCCGCCGGCGCCACCUCCCAAUACAUCUUCGUCGAGGGUAACUCCUGGAGCGGAGCCCACUCCUGGACUGACAACAACGACAACCUGAAGGGUCUUACUGACUCGGCUGACAAGAUUGUCUUCGAGAUGCACCAGUACCUCGACUCCGACAGCUCUGGUACCUCCGAGACCUGUGUCAGCAGCACCAUCGGAAAGGAGCGCCUUGAGUCUGCCACCAGCUGGUUGCAGACCAACAACCUGAAGGGUUUCAUCGGCGAGUUCGCCGGUGGUGUCAACAGCGUCUGUGAGGAGGCCGUCGAGGGCAUGCUCUCCUACAUGUCCGACAACAGCGAUGUUUGGAUGGGUGCCGAGUGGUGGGCUGCCGGUCCCUGGUGGGGAUCUUACAUGUACAGCUUGGAGCCUACCGAUGGCCCUGCUUACUCCACCUACCUCCCCAUCCUCGAGAAGUACUUCGUUGACGGUACCUCCUCCGCUUCUUCCACCUCUUCCGCCUCCACCAAGACCGCCGCUCAGGCUACCACCACUGCUGCCGCCGUCGAGGUCACCAGCACCCCUAACAGCCAGGUCCAAGUCGCCGCCACCGAGACUUCCAGCUCCUCUACUCCUGCUGUUCAGACCUCUGCUCCCGUCGCUGAAUCCUCCGCUCCCGCCGCUGCCCCUACUACCGUGACUUCCAUCCCCGUUGACGUCCCCACUGCCACCGUUGCCCCUACCAGCUUCGCCAGCGCCGCUUCUUCCACCCAGGCCUCCACCGAGGCUGCUUCCUGCAGCGCCACCCCCAGCACCUCUGCUAGCGGAACCGUCAAGAAGUACUACCAGUGCGGUGGCCUCAACUACACCGGUGCCACUACCUGCGAGUCUGGCUCCACCUGCACCAAGCAGAACCCUUACUACUCCCAGUGUGUUUAA